ACCACCACACCCCCCAUGGUACCCACCAUGACAGCUUCACCCACAAUUAUGGAUAUGUGGAUGUCGCAAUUACAAAAAGAUCAUCCGGAAAUUUCAUUUGUGGUACCCAGCGAACAUGACAAUCAUCACAUUGAUAAUAUGAUGAAUUUUAAACGUCUGCUGGAAAAAGUCGGCAAUACCGCUUAUGAUACCAUAUCCGCUGAACACAAUCAUCAUCAUUCGGGUUUAGUUGAUUCAUUGGGUCAACCCAUAACCCAUGAACAAAUUUCAAAUAGUGCUGUCUUAAAUAUGGCCGAUUUGAAAACUUUAUCCGGUUGGGAACGGUUUUUUGCUGGUGCCGAUAUGAAUUCCUUGAUCAAUUAUUUGUGGGUUGGUGUCGUCACAUCAUUGGUCAUUUUGACUGUGAUAUUUGUUUUGUUCAGCUGCUAUUUUUAUCGCAAAUUUCGUCAAUGGAAAAAAUGCAAUAAAGACAUUCGCGCCCAUCUGAACAAUGACAUGUAUCCCGGCACAAUUGUACCCUGUAAUGCUGCUGGCAAUCCCGAGGCUGCCUAUUAUCAAAUGAAUAUGCCCGCCCCACCACCACCAUGCUAUACCAUUGCCACUGGUUUGCCCACCUACGAUGAGGCCUUGCAUCAUCAGCAACAACAUUUUGCCUUUGGCAUGAAAUUCAUUUAUCCCACUUUGGCGGCUGUGCAUCAUCAGGCUUCGAAUUUGAUGAGCUCCUGGGAAAAAUACGAUAUCCCCAGCAAAGUAGCCAAAUGUAAAUCAGCAGCAGCAUCGACACAAACCAAUGUGAGCAAAGCCUCGUCUGCUUCGGAUUUGUUAUUGCCACCCUGCUAUGAUGUGGCUGCCUCAAUGGCUUUGUUGGCACCCGAAGAGCCAUGUGACAAUGUUUGCAUCAAUAUGCCAGUGGACCACAGCGGCAGCAGCAGCAGUGAGGCCUCCAGCGAUUUAACAGACAUCAUCACCGUGUGAUUAUCCUGUUAAGCCUGUCAAACAACAGAAAA